GAUACGGGCCAAGGAGAUGUUAGAAGAGGAAGGGGAGUAUGAGGAGGAGGAGGAGGAGGAGGACGAGGAUGAGGAAGAUGAGGGGCUUGCUGAAGAAGAGGAGGAAGAAGAUGAAGAGGAGGAAGAGGAUGAAGAAGAGAUCGAGGAAGAGGAGGAAGAAGAUGAAGAAGAGGAAGAAGAUGAGAUCAUGGAGGAGGACGACGAGGAUGAAGUAGAAGAAGAAGAAGAAGAAGAAGAAGAAGAAGAAGAAGAAGAAGAAGAGGAGAUCAAGGAAGAGGAGGAGGAAGAGGAUGAAUUAGAACAAGAAGAAGAAGAGGAGAUCAAGGAUGAGGAGGAAGAGGAUGAAGUAGAAGAAGAGGGGGGUGAACAAGAAGAGGAGGAGGAAUUAGCAGAGGAAGAGAAAGAGGAGCCAGAAGCUGAGGAGGAAGAGGAGGAGGAAGCAGCAGCAGCAAAGGAAGCUGUGGACGAGGAGGGAAAAGAAGAGGAGGCUGAAGAAAAGGAGAAAGAAGAAGGUGCAGCUGAUGCUGAUGCUGAUGCUGAGGAAGAAGCAGAAGAUGAAAAGGAAGCGUCAGUAGCUGUGGAAAAAGGUAAGGAGGAAGAGGGAGCUGAAGAGGAAGAGGAACACAAAGAGGAAACUGCUCCUGCUCCUGCUGUUGAAAAGGAAGAUACGUCUAUUCUUGAACCUGAAGAACAAGUCACUUCUAAAGAAUCUGAAGCGGUUGAUGAGGUGGAGGAAGAGGACAAAACUGAUGUAGACAAAGAACCACCCGAGGAUGAAGAGAAAAAAGAAGAUAUUCCUGCUGAUGAUAAAGAGAAAAAAGAAGCAGUAGGUGAUGCUGACAUUACUGAUGAUGACCAAAAAGAUGACCAAAGUGAGGAGAAAGAUGAUGACGAUGAGGUCGAAGAUGCUGAUAUUGCCAUUGCUCUUGGUAUUAUAGCUGAUGCUGGUGCUACAGUAACUGAUGCUGAAGCCCAAGAAACUGGUGAGGAACCUUUGCUUCUUAAAGCUGACGGUGAUUCAGAGCUAUUAACAACCAUAGAGGAGAGUGCUGCUAAAGCUGAUGAUGCAGUAGCUGAUUUAGCUGACUCACAAGAUGGCUUAGCCGCUACUGAUAUGCCAUAUGAUGACCAUGAUGAUAAGGUAGCAAAAGAGCUCGCUGAUGAUCGUGGUGAGGUUACAGAAGACAGUCUUAAAGAUGAGACUGGUGCUGAACUGAAAGACGCCGACUCUGAAAAAGAUAUAACAAGUGAGGAUGUUAUUGAGGAGCCUGAGCUAGCUGAUGAUGUUGCAGAUAAGGAGGAGCAGGAGGAAGAGGGAAAAGAGGAGGGAGAGGAACAGAUAAGGGGUGAGGAUGAGGAAGAUGAUGAUGAUAUUAUAGUAACAACACCUGUAGUUAGUUCCAAACCAGGUGGAGAUGAGACAGGCGUGGUGGCUGAUGAAGAUGAUGGCUCUUCACUUGAGAAAGACAUAACAACCCUGAAACAAGAAGAGAAAGAUGAUAAGGAUGAAAGCGCAGGCGAAGAGGAAACUGCCGAAAAAGCUCCAGAACCAGAACCGGUCCCUAAAGGAGAGGAUGAACUUUCAAUAGAGUUUGCUGAUGAACGUCCAACAGAGGUGCUUGAACCAGAAACCACUCUUCAGGAAGAAAUUCCCUACACCGUCAUAGAUGAAGUUGAUCUCACUUCUGAUUCUGAUAAAGAAGAUGGCGGGGAGGAACUUGAGAAGUUGCAUGAAGAGAACACUGUUAAUAAAUCUGUAAAGGAAAAAAGUUCUAAGCAAGGAUCAUUGCAGGACGAGGUCUUUACAGAGGACGAAGAAGAAGAUGAGCGGAAAGAACCAGAGGAAAUGUGUGAAAAGGCUAAAGAUUCUACAAAUGGUGGUGCUUGCAAGGCGAAGCGAAGAGAUUUCCUUUCAGAAUUGGGACUUGAAAAAGAUGAUGAAAAUGACGAAUCUCCCUGGGAUUCAGAGUCUGGUUCUGAGAGCCCACAGAAGAAACAGGCCAGUGCUCAACACACUCCCGCCAAAUCACAUAGAUCUAUGUACAGUAUUUGUGAGGAGAACACUGAAGACUUAUACGUUCCCUCCUUCGUAAGAGGAGGGAGGAACAUUAAUUUAUUGAGAAGUAUAGGCCAGCCAGGAGGCUGCAGGCCGAUGGUUGUAAGAAAUGACGAUGACGAUGAUGAUGAUGAUGAUGAUGAUGAAGAAGAAGAGGAAGAGAAGGAAAUUGAAAUGCCACCCAAAGUGAUCAAAAGGGAGCCAGUCUCUGUUCUUAGUAAGCUGAUGGAUUCAAAAGAAGCUAAUAAGAAAACAGACCUAAUGGAAGAGCUUGGUUUGGGGGAUGCUGAUGAUCUUGAAGAUGCUUCAGACUGGGACUCUGCCAGCACCACCAGUAAAGCCAGUAAGAACUACCCAGUUCAUAAGCUAGAAGAGGAACCCAUCUUUGAAAGCCCAGCACCCUCCGCACUACCCACAACACCUCAGCAACAGGACAUAGACACCAGUGAACAUACAGAAGCCAAUACAGAGAGAAACAAACCCACAACCUCGAGCACAACACCUCUACCUAGUCCACGAUCUCUCAACCCAAACGCCAGCUCAAAACCCCAACCACUGCCACGGCUGCGCUUGGACUCCAAUCAGAGGCCAGAGAGUGAAGAAUCGGACUGGGAUAUGGACACUUCCAGUCCAGCCAAGAAGACAGCUUCACUGCCAAAUGUUGCUGAGCCUGAUGCGGUUCAUCAGCAGAAACCCAAAGCUGAAGAUGCUGAGAUUGAAGACAGUUCUGAUGCAAGCGAAGAUGCUGAUCAGGUGGGCGAUUCAUAG